AAAAUCUGUAAAGUUUGAGGCAGCCCAUCGUGAAAACCGUCUGACCAACAUACACGGUAAUAAUAGUUUGUUCGGUUCGAUAGGUACGCUUUAUGCAUAUUCUGAAAAGAUUAAGGCUACUGGAUCAUCAGUAUUUCUCCGCGGGACCACUUGUAUAGAUCCGUUGUCAGCAAUUUUAUUUGGUGGCGAGAUCAAAAUCAACAAAUAUUCAAAUAUUAUUGUUGACGAAUGGCUAAAAUUUAGUGGGGAUAAUUAUGCAAUCAAUUUGACGAACGAAUUGAAAUUUUUCUUGGAACGAUGCUUAACACAAGUAUAUGAAAAGUUGGAGGUAUCUCGUAAAGACUUUAGAUUAGCCGGACAAUUAGAUCAUGAGGAUGAGAAAGUAAAAGUAAGACUUGUCCGAGGGAUCGUUGAGGUUUUGGAGAAUAUAGAACGAGAUUCGCAAGAACGUUAA